AUGAAAGAUUAUAACGGCUACACUUGCUACCACGUGAAGGACAAGCAGUUCGGUGCCUUCGUCGACGGCAGAUGGACAGGGAUGGUGAAGGAGGUGUUGGAAGGAACCGCCGACAUCGCCGUGGCUAACCUAGCCAUUACUCAGCAGCGAAGUACUGCGGUUCAGUACUUGGUUGGGAUGAUCUCAGCAGGUUUUAGAAUAGUGUUAAAACGGCCGUCCAACGAGGACUACAUGUGGAGCGUCUACACGAAGCAAUUCGAGCCUGGCGUGUGGGCGACGAUGGUGGUCGUCGUGGCAGCGGCGGUGGCGUGCCUGCGCCUCGCGUCUCGCCCUUCUCGCCGGCAGCAAAAAGCGUCUCUGUCCGACACCGCUUUUACCAUCGUGGGUUUUGUGUUCGGGCAAGGUUCUCCGAUCAUUUUCCGCGGCGCAGCAGAGCGCACGGUGGUCCUGACGGUGCUCCUCCUGCAGGUAGCCAGCCUGGCCUUCUAUACGAGUAACUUGGUCUCGGCACUCACCGUUGGACCCUCACUUCCUCCUUAUAAGGACCUCCAAGAUAUAGACAAUGAAGAGUCACUGACUUUUGGAUUCCUUAAAGGCUCUUCGAAUGCUAAUGAUUUUCGAGACUCAAAAACCCCACUGUACCAGAAGCUCUGGCAGGAGACCAAGGACGAGGACUUGGUCACGAGCUACACAGAGGGCAUGGAGCGAGUGUUCAGCGAGAGAUACGCGCUUAUGAUAUGGGAGGUCUUCUAUUCGCUUAACUAUGGGCAGGACUGCAGGGCGUUCGUGCUGCCGGUGUCCUACUUUCCGAUCUACACGUCCUUUGGCCUGUCAAAGGACUCGCCACUGGUUCCAAUAAUGAACAAACAGCAAUAG